AUGGCAAGAAGAGAGGAAUGGACAAACAUCUCACUGACAGUCACUGAAGUGGAUGUUUUACUGUCGGAUCCACAAGCAGAGCCAAAGACUAGAGCGGAAUUUUUAAAAUAUUCACGUGAAAUCACGCUGGAUCCAAACACAGCAAACACAUAUCUGUUAUUAUCAGAGGGGAACAGAAAAGCAACAUCCACAAAGAAACAGUCUUAUUCUGACCACCCAGACAGAUUCACUGGAUGGUGGCAGGUCCUGAGUAGACAAAGCCUGACUGGACGUUGUUACUGGGAGGUGGAGUGGAGAGGUGGAGGAAUUAUUGUAGCAGUUGCGUACAAGAAUAUCAGCAGAGUAGAAACUGGAUGUUGGUUUGGACAUAAUGACAAAUCUUGGUCAUUAGAUUGUAACAACAACAGUUAUACAUUUUGGUACAACAACAUCCAAACUCGUGUCCCAGGUCCUCGUUCCUCCAGAGUAGGAGUGUACCUGGAUCACAGAGCAGGUAUUUUGUCCUUCUACAGCGUCUCUGAAACCAUGACUCUCCUCCACAGAGUCCAGACCACAUUCACUCAGCCGCUCUAUGCUGGACUUUGGCUUUGUUAUUCUUAUGGGGACAUUGCUGAGUUUGUUAAACUGAAAUAG